UUGGUGGUCGCUUUGUUUUUGAGCAUCGCGGUCAUGUCCGAAACGGCCCCUGCCGCACCCGCAGUCCCGGCACCGGUGGAGAAGUCUCCGGCCAAGAAGAAGGCGAGGAAGCCGGCGGCGGGCGGAGCGCGGCGCAAGGCUGCGGGGCCCUCGGUGUCCGAGCUGAUCACCAAGGCGGUGUCGGUGUCUAAGGAGCGCAAUGGGGUGUCCCUGGCCGCCCUGAAAAAAGCACUGGCCGCCGCCGGCUACGACGUGGAGAAGAACAACAGCCGCAUCAAGCUGGGGCUCAAGAGCCUGGUCGCCAAAGGUACCUUGGUGCAGACCAAAGGCACCGGCGCCUCGGGCUCUUUCAAGAUCAACAAGAAGGCGGCCGGCUCCGAAGGCAAGGCCAAGCCGAAAGCUAAGAAGGCAGCGGCCUCGGCUAAAGCGAAAAGAACUUCCAGCGUUCCGAAGAAGACCAAAAAGCCAGCGGCAGCGGGUGUCAAGAAGCCUGUGAGAAAGACACCGAAGAAAGCCAAGAAGCCGGCGGCAGUGUCGGCCAAGAAGGCGACCAAGAGCCCGAAAAAGCCCAAAGCCGCUAAGCCCAAGAAGGCAGCUAAGAGCCCGGCCAAGCCGAAGGUGGUGAAAUCCAAAGCCGCUAAGCCCAAGGCUGCGAAACCAAAGACAGCCGCCAAACCCAAGAAGGCGGCGGCUUCCAAGAAGAAAUAAGGAGUUUUCCGCGUGAUAUUUCUCUUUAACCCCCAACGGCUCUUCUCAGAGCCACCCACAAGUCUCAAAGAAAGGGCUAAGUACCACCUUCUAGAAUUAGCGGCAUACUGUUCUGAAUCGUGGGAGAGGUACUCUGGCACUUUAUAAAAUGGGGAUAGACUGAAACAUACUUUCUAAAAGUAGACGCUGCAGGAUCGUUGCAGGCGCAAGGGGGAUAUUUUCAAAAAGUAAAAGCAGAAACGGCGGAGGCAAAUGAUCUCAUUGAUUAGGAGACCACUGACAUUACAGCUGUUUUAUGAGAAUGUGGGUGGCUCUGAAUAGAGCCUUUGGUAGAAUUUUAUACGCAGAAAGGGAGAUUCAAGCCCUCUCGCCACGGAUGCGGCGGGCCAGCUGGAUGUCUUUGGGCAUGAUGGUGACCCUCUUGGCGUGGAUGGCACACAGGUUGGUGUCCUCGAACAGCCCCACAAGGUAGGCCUCGCUCGCCUCUUGGAGGGCCAUGACAGCAGAGCUCUGGAAGCGCAGGUCCGUCUUGAAGUC